AUGUGUUUAUUUCAAAUUUUGAAACUCAACAACAAGUUGAAGGAAAAAACAGCAGAUCAGAAGACCUUACGAAGGCUGGCCCAAAAUCGUGAAGCUGCUAGAAAAAGUCGUUUAAGGAAAAAGGCAUAUGUGCAGCAGCUAGAAAGUAGCAGGCUGAAGCUUACUCAGCUCGAGCAAGAACUUCAGCGAGCCCGUCAGCAGGGUAUCUUCAUUUCAAGUUCUGGAGACCAAGCUCAUUCCAUGAGUGGAAAUGGUGCACUAGCAUUUGAUGUAGAAUAUUCACGUUGGUUAGAGGAGCAUAACAGGCUGAUAAAUGAGCUUAGAGCGGCAGUUAAUUCACACGCGGGUGACACUGAACUGCGAACGGUUGUUGAUAAUGUGACUGCACAGUUCGAUGAUAUUUUCAGGUUGAAAGGCAUUGCAGCCAAAGCUGAUGUGUUCCACAUCUUGUCAGGAAUGUGGAAGACACCAGCAGAGCGGUGUUUCCUGUGGAUUGGUGGCUUCCGUUCAUCUGAGAUCCUAAAGCUUCUUGUAAGCCAAUUGGAGCCUUUGACCGAGCAGCAAGUAGCGGAAAUCUGCAACCUGCAACAAUUAUCACAACAGGCAGAAGAUGCUCUCUCACAAGGAAUGGAUGCAUUGCAGCAAUCCUUGGCUGAAACGUUGGCCAGUGGCACGCCUGCUACGUCGGGGUCAUCAGGUAAUGUGGCUAAUUAUAUGGGUCAAAUGGCCAUGGCAAUGGGAAAGCUUGGAACUCUUGAUGGCUUCCUACGCCAGGCCGAUAAUCUUCGUCAACAAACACUUCAACAAAUGCAUCGCAUAUUGACAACCCGUCAAUCGGCUCGUGCGCUUCUUGCAAUAAACGACUACUUCUCCCGCCUUCGAGCUCUAAGCUCUCUCUGGCUUGCACGGCCACGAGAGUGAAAGGGGCAUGGGAGUUAUCUCUAGUUAAUCUGUCAAAUUUAUCAAACAAGUGCCUUAAAGUGUGCGACCACACAGAAUUGCACUGCUUCAUUGGAUGAAGCUGCUUCUGUCAUAGGAAUUGUACAAUGGAUGAAGAUGAGUAAUGGUGGUGUAGGGUGAAGUUUGUGAUUGAUAUAUACAUAUAUAUAGCUUUCACAUUUUCAGUUGUUCAGUGUCGGUUGGUGAUAUUGUAUGGCUUAUUACAAUAAUCUUUUCAGGUGAUGUUUCACAGAACUGAAUGGGAAAAUAGGUUGUAUUGUAACUUACAUUUGUAUUACAUCAGCCUACACCAGGGAUCA